AUGCAUUCUCCUUCGGACCCAACCCUUCAAUUCGACUCUAUUGAGGACACAAUAGCAGCCUUCAAGAACGGCGAAUUCAUCAUCGUGCUCGAUGACCAAGACCGCGAAAAUGAAGGCGAUCUCAUCAUCGCCGCCGACUCCAUCACUCCGGCGCAAAUGGCCUUCCUAGUUCGCCACACAAGUGGGCUGAUCUGCGCCCCUGUCACCCCCGAAAUAGCCGCCCGACUCGCCCUCCCCCAAAUGGUUACCGAGAACGCCGAUCCCAAGGGAACCGCAUAUACCGUCUCCGUCGACGCAGCUGAUCCCUCCAUAACAACAGGUAUCUCGGCACAGGACCGCGCCCUUGCCUGUCGGAUCUUGGGAUCUCCCACCUCCACGGCAGCGGAUCUGCGACGACCCGGCCAUGUGAUUCCGCUACAGGCUAGACCCGGAGGUGUUAGGGAACGCAAGGGACAUACUGAGGCGGCAGUGGAGUUCUGUCGGUUGGCGGGCAAGACGCAGGCGGGUGUCAUCGCAGAACUUGUGGAGGAUGGAGAGGUCGUCCAGGGAGUUCCGGAGAUUGGAGGCAACAAUGGGAUGAUGAGACGGGAUGGGUGUUUGAGAUUUGGGAAGAAGUGGGGGAUCAAGGUGUGUACGAUUGAGGAUCUGGUGGAGUAUGUUGAGAAGGUGGAGGGUGCUGCUGCUGUUAAUGGGUACUGA